AUGGCAACCAUGGAAGCAAAAGACAUUGAAGAGCGCGGUAAACAGCUGGCCAAGGCAGCAUCGGGCGGCGACCCUCCAGCAACCCUGCUAGCCCUUCUGGACGGUCUCAAGGCAUGGACAGCGACCGAGAAGCUGCUGCGCCAGACAAAGAUUGGUGUGCACGUCAACAAGCUGCGCCAGAACAGCGAUGCCCAAGUAGCCCGCACCGCCGCCACCCUGGUCAACAAGUGGAAGACGGACGUCAAGAGGUCUCCUGCCACAGCUGCCUCGAGCGGCACAAACUCGCCUGCUCCUGCAAAAUCCUCGCCCGCUCCCGCUGCCAACAAGCCAAAGUCUGAACCUCAUGGCGAUCCUGAAAAGCGCAACAGUGUGUCGGACAAGGUCGACUGUGGAGUCACUGGGAACCAGACUCGCGACGCCUGCAUCAAGCUGAUGUACGAUGGCUUGGCCUUCAUGUCGUCUGAUGGUAUCCACCGCCGCCCACCGACUCUCUUGAUCCUCCCCGAAUACCGCCAGCGCAUACGAUCACUCUACCAAAAUCUUAAAAACAAGGGCAAUCCAAAGCUCCGUAGUCAGGUGCUGUCUGGCUUCAUCAAGCCCGAUCGCUUUGUGCGCAUGACCCACCAGGAAUUGAAGAGCGACGAACAGCGUGCCGAGGACGAGAGACUGCAAAAGGAAAACAUGGACAAGGCCAUGGUCGCCCAGGCAGAGAGGAGUAUCAGUGCCAGCUUGACCUGCGGCAAGUGCGGUCAGAAGAAGGUCAGUUACAGCCAGGCCCAGACCAGAUCUGCCGAUGAACCUAUGACUACAUUUUGCGAA